UAGAGCGGCACAUGCAUCCUAUCACACAGUCGACACAGAUUGACAGUUGAAGAAGUUUGUUCUAAAUCCACCAGAAUGGUUCUGUCUUUUCCCUGUCACGAGGUUGUUUUGUGCCUGUGCGCGGUGUUUGUGUCAUCUGAGCGAAUCAGUGGAACUUACUUCAAACGAAGAGAAGUUUUUAUGAAUAAGAUAAUUCAGACCGAUGCACAUUGCCGUGCGCGGGUUGGUAGUAGAUUAGAUUGUGGAACCUACUGUAACCAGUUCAGCAGAUCAAUCAGUUUCUUCUAUAAUAAGGUGAACCAGGAUUGUGUCUGUCCACGAAUCACUCCAGUCACCAGCGACCUUGUACCUGCACCGGGCUAUGCUUUGUACAGCACGAAAGGCUACCUUGAAUUGGGCGUGUCAAAUGUCACAUGUGGUCAAACAAGUGGCAUCCUGAUGGUUUCAGCCCCAAAUUGGUUCAGUUAUGAUACAAAUCCUCAGGACAUAACUUUUUAUCUCGGUCGCCGACUCUACAUUGAUGAGAUUCGCAUCCCCCCUAAAACAGUCAAGAGCUCAUUGAAGAUUAUUUGGUUCUACAGUUCAAGCGAUACAGAAGUUUGGGUUGCUGGGGAUCCAGAGAUCGUGACAAAUGGAAACUUUUUCAUUCCAGAUGUUAAGAAGCUGUCCGACAUUGUCACCAGCGUGAGCCUAAAAUUCCAUGGAACCACAGCAGGAUUUGUGGAAAGACAGGACUUCCUGAUCCUUGCCCACGAAUAGAGUUCACUUGCAUUACUCGCCGCCUUUUUGGAAGAGACAUUGUAUUUGUUUUAAAUGUCUCAAAUGCAAGGUCAACAUAAAAAACAGGAGUAUGAGGACCCAAGACAAUGCUGCUGAUGCACGAUCAUAUUUGAAUGUAUGGCCAAACUGACCAUUGCAUUCCCUCGACAUUUGUUGUAGGACCGCCUCCGUGGUCUAAUUGUAGAGUGUCCGC